GGGGUUUCAUUAUUCUGCAGGCAGCCGCUGAGGGAGGCAAACUUUAUCCAACUACUGGAUGCUUUGCUGAAACACUUGGAGAUUUUAUCUUCUGUUAAGAGGGACACUUUUUGAAGACUGAUCUCCUUAUUAUCUAGAUUAGAAUAUGAUUUAUUUUCCACAAUACCUCACCACAUGCUGUAUCUAUUUCAGUGGAAACAGCAGGAGUGUCUGAUCUGAAGUGAUGAUCUCUGCAGCUGACAUCGACAGACAAGUUGUAGCCUUAUAGAGAAAAAGUCAGAAAUUAGUACCAACAGGGAUCACCAUCAUCAGCGCCCCUUGUCAGCCCAACCAGGACGGCAUCAACACCAGGGAAGAGACAGAUGAUGGAGAAGUUUUUUAAGCCUGUUCACAGCCCCUCUGGCCCGGACGAGACCAAGCCGCGGAGGCACCAUCACCAUCAUCACCUUCAUCAAGACCCUCCGUCACAGAGGUACACAACGUUUGAUGACACAGACAGAAAUACAGAUGAAAGCCACGGGCACCACCGUCACCCCCAACAUGGCCGCUAUCUCCAUGAUGGCUCCCAUCACGACGCCCACCACCGUCAUCAAACACAGCACUUUCACCACAGCGAAGAGGACGAGAUACUGUACGACCACGACACAUCUGUAACUCUCUCUAGGGCCUCUUCCUCUUCCCUCUCCUCAUCUUCCUCCUCCUCUUUUUCAUCAUGGUACACGGAGGAAAGUGCAAAUGACCAAUUCUCUCUUCGCCAUGCCGAGCAGCCACAGCACUCCCUGUCCUGCUCCAACAUCUCGGAUAUGCGCAGGGGUUUUAGGGAGGACGACAGCAGCGAGCCCACUGUCUAUGCCACCAUCAAACACGGCAAGGACGGCACUGUUUGUAGUGAGAUACACGGGAGUGCACAAAAGAAGGGAAAGCGUGGCUUUGCUUCUCUUGACCGAGGUCACAGCAGAAGUGAAGAGGGCCUCGUGCAGGGUAAUGAAAGUGAUCUUGGAGGAGAACAAUCCAGGGUACCGCACAUCAAUGGACCUCUGUAUAAGGCAGCUAGCUUGAACCGAAGCCUGGCUUUUAGUGAGCAGGACAUUGUGUUGGGGAUCUCCAGGGGCCCCAAAAGAGCAGUGUCCUCCAUUCAGCUACCCAACAAAGGCAUCCUCAAAAACAAGGAGCCUCAUGCUGACAUUCGCAAGGCGAAGUCGAUGGAGGUGCUGUCCCCAAGAGUGUCCAAAGGACAAGAUCCCAGUGGACAGAAAGGAAAAGGCACCGCUCAAGUGGAGGUAGAGCAGGCCAAGGCAAAUUUUGUGCAGGGAAAGCUGCAAUUCUCAGCCUUUCUAGAUGAGAUUACAAAACAGGUCAUAAGUCCGUCUGCUCUCAACAUCUUGGGUGUGAACGAUGAUAAAACUAGUGGGAAGGCACCUGCUCUAGCCCCAGCACAAACACCUGGCCCUGUGAAGCCUCAGCUCCCACCAAAGAAGCACAGGGAGAGCUCAGUGGAGGAGAGGGAGCAGCGCCCAAAACAGCACGGCAGGCAGGAGAAAGCAGCUCGCAGCAGCUCUGGGAAACACUCGGACUGCUCCGAUCCUGACAAACUGAUCUCAUAUGUAGCGAGGAACUACCACGGUAGUAGCGAGGAGCCUCAUCAUUCCCCCCACAAUACUCACCAUGAAAGCAGCCGUAAAGACCGAAGGCCGUCCCCUACUGGUAGCUCCGUGUCAGGGGACAGAUAUGGUCGAUGUGGCCCAGUCCUCACAGAUGGCACCUGCACCAGCCCCGAACCCAGCCAGCCCAAACAACGGCACCACCGCAAACAGCAGCCCACUGCCUCCCACAGUCAACACACCCAACACUUCCCUCAGCAUCAGCCUCACCCAAGCCCUCUACUCAGAGGACCCACCGGCUCCCCUACGUCACCCCAGGGGCCAGGCCUCGGAUCUGAGUCCUCAUCCACAAAAUCUGAUUCCUCCAGGGCCAGAGACACGGCCUGCAUAGCUGCCAGCCACAGCUCAGAGCAGAGCGGUCGACACCAGCCACAGCAUGUGGGCCACUCUAUACAACUCAGGGACACACUGUAUGAUGCCGACCAUAUCCAGGCGUUGCAGGAGGAGAACUCAGAUCUUCACCAGAACUUGCUGCAGACGGUGGUUUGCAUUGAGAGCCUGGAGGCAGAGCUGCAGAGAACCAGGGACGAGCUCAGUCAUGUCAAGGAGAAAUAUAAAAGCCUUCUGGAGACCCACACUGGGACCAAGCAGGCCAACAACCUGCUGGGGGAACAUCUGCAUAUAGCGUCAGAGAGCCUGACUAGUGAGAGGAAGUACCUGCUGAACCGUGUGUCUCAGCUGAGCUCAGAGUUGGAGGAUGCCCACAGGACCAUCGCAGCCCUGGAGAACAUCAAUGUGCCGUUCUUGAUAAAAGAGUCACUGGAGAAGCAUUUUGAUUCAGCCGAUGCCAUACAGAAGUUUCUGACGACCUCUGCUCCAAUCGGACAUCCUGCCUCCUCCCUACAAGCAGACGGCCAUCCCCAUGCGCCUAAAGUGGAGGAAGCAUCGCAUGAUUGGUUGAAAUCAGAAGCCGGUCUGCAGAGGGUCACAGCCUUCCUACCAUUUAAACAGGGGCUGCCAACGACAGGAAGUGAAGGCUAUGGUCAGCACGAGUCCAGCCACAGCCCACCUCUCUCUGUAACUGACAUCAGCACUGCUAUCUAUAAGAGAAUGGCUGCCAGUUAUGCUGCCAGACCUCAACCUCUCUAUCCUCAAAGCCAGCAGCAGCUUCCUAACCACGCUGACCCCUCGCCAAACCUCCAGCAGGCCCACGUGGGCGGUGACAGCUGGGGCGGGGAGGGUGGGGUAAAGGUAAUGCUUUUGGAGCAGGACGUUGCGGACGUGACCCCGACCUCCAUGUCAGCCCAGCAGAUACUGGAUGAGUUCCUGCAGCAGCUGCAGCCCUAUACGGAGGCGGGUGGAGGGAGGGAGCAGCCGGGCGGGCAGGAGUGGUAGAAUGAAAAUGACAUCUAACAACAUGGCAGGAUGAAUGUUAAUUCUCAUCUUAAUGCAUCGAAAUAUAUAUUUAUUAAGUCAUCAAGUAUUUGCUGUCAGAGGCAUUGUAUAUUGUAUCCCCAAAAUAGCAGAAAAAUCUGUUUUUUUGGGACUUUUAGGUGUACUUUUAAGGGUUUUAUAAACCAGACCCAUAGACGAAAAGGAAGGAGAUUCUUUGCAUGAUGUUGAAACACAAGAAUUGCCAAAAUAAAUUGGAAGUACAAGAUUUUAACACAAAAAACUGUAAUAUACUGAAUAUAGAGAAAAUGUACUCAAAGUAAAAAAGCUUGCAGUGGAAAAACAAACCAAUUAAAUGCCAAAAUAUGGCAAGUAUGCUUUAUAAAUAUUGAUUUAGUAGUAAUGUUAAUAAUAUGUAUUUUACUGUAUAUUCCCUGUUGCCCUGUAAUUUCCCGCAGUUUAACAGGGAGCUCGCCAAUCACAUAAAAUGUCAUACA